AUGUCUACGAUUACCGCAGCCCCAGAGACCACGACACUCCAAACUUGGUGUUAUGGACUCGGCCUCAGCUCCGGGCAGCGAGAGCCGGAGUAUGACCUCCUAGAGCCCUACGAGUCUAUGCCAGAGGCUAUAGUCGGCCGCACUGUAUGGACGAAGGAAGAUCUGGAAGCUGAUACCAGUCGCUGGCUCCGAGUUUUCUCACCUGACGAAGUCACCCACAUUGAAAGUGCCGUUAACGACAUCGAGAAGAACAACUUACAACUUUCCGAAGUCGACAAGUCAACUUUUAUUCUUCCCACGUCGUUUGUCUAUACUCUCGCGUCAGUCAGAGAUGAGCUCAUCAAUGGCAUUGGCUUCGGCGUGCUGAGAGGUCUUCCCGUUCACAGUUGGACGACUAGACAAGCCUCGAUCGCGUACCUUGGCUUAGGCUCCUACAUCGGACGUCGCCUGAGCCAGAACCGCCAAGGCCACAUGCUGGGGCACAUCAAAGAUCUGGCAGAGGGGAAAGAGAUCAAUGGCGAGGGAAGGAUCUAUCGAACUCAGAAGGCGCAGACCUACCAUUCUGAUGAGAGUGAUAUCGUCGGACUGCUCUGCUUGCACCAGGCCAUGGAGGGUGGCCAGUCGCAAGUCGUCUCUACGCACCAUAUCUACAACAUCCUACGAAAGGAGCGACCAGACGUUCUUCGGCAAUUGUGUUUGCCACACUGGUUCUACGACCGAAAGGGCGAAACGAGCGAAGGCGAGAACGAAUGGAUGCGUACGCCGGGAUACUACUACUACAAUGGCAAGCUGAGCAUGAAGUGGGACUCGUACUAUGUGGGAGUAUUGCAGAGAUUUUGGGAGGCAGGCUUGCUGCCAAAGUACACUGACGCUCAACAGGAGGCGAUCAAGGUGAUGGAAGAGAUGUGCCACCGUUUGUCGCUGGAGAUGACUCUACAGCAGGGCGAUGUGCAGUUUGUUACGAACACGCACAACUUGCAUGCGCGAUCGGCAUAUAAGGAUGACAACGAUAUUACUAAGAAGCGAUGGCUACAGCGACUUUGGCUUGCUACCUCAGAAGAGGAAGGCGGGUGGCCGUUGCCAUUUGCAGAUUCUACGUAUGCUAAGAGGGGAGGGGUUCAAGUAAACAUGACUCCUGAGUCCUACCCAACGGAGGCGGAGUGA